AACAGUUAAUGUGUCACAGUACAAUGUUCAGAUGGCCAAAAAUUAUGUCAAAAUUAUUCAAAGAGACAUCAAUUGAGUUGCGCAAGAAGAGGGAAGAUGCUGAAAAUAAACUUGUGGAAAGAAUUAAUAUGUUGAACAGAAUUUUAGACGGUUGUUAUUUUAAAGUUAAAAAUCUGCCUUUAACUCAGGAAGCAACAUUAAGUGAAUCAAGGGAUGCUGUUGAAAAUCUGCGAUAUCUUCAUGAAUCCUUAGUAGAAGCCAAAGAAGCAUUAGCUGUUAUAAAUGAGGAGGAAAGGUUAUUGGGCCAUGAUCUCACUCUUCAUCCAUCUAUUCCAAUAAUGUUCCAAGAAAAAGAACCAUAUGAGAAACUGUGGGUUACAUCAUAUGAAUUUUUUAAAAAUUAUGAAAUUUGGUAUUAUGGUCCAUUUCGGGAGCUGAAUGCAGAAGAAAUUCGAGAUCAAGUUGACGAUAUGUGGAAAGUGAUGUUCAAGCUUAUUAAAACAUUUGCUGGUCAGCCUGAUACUAGGACUAUUGCUGAGACUAUGAAAGAAAAAAUAGAAGCCUUUCGAAAUUAUGUCCCUCUUCUGUUAGCUAUUUGCAACCCUGGUAUAAAGCCUCGACAUUGGAAAUAUGCAAGCAAGUUUUUGGGUUUUAAAAUUUUACCUGGCCCUAAAGCAACAUUAGAAGAUAUGAUAAGAGUUGGGUUGAAUCGUCAUAUUGAAAAAGUAGAAGAACUGUCAACAACAGUGUCCAAAGAAUUUACUUUAGAGAAAAAUAUGGCUAAAAUGAAAGAAGAGUGGAAGGAUAUUGAAUUUGAAUUCAAGCCAUAUCGAGAGACUGGUGUGCCUAUUUUAUCUGCUGUUGAUGAUAUUCAAGUUUUGCUGGAUGACCAUAUUCUUAGAGUUCAGACGAUGAGAGCAAAUCCUUUUAUAAAGCCUUUUGAAGAUGAAAUAAAAUUGUGGGAAGAGCAACUACUUUUAGUGCAAGAUGUUCUCGAUUCAUGGCUGAAAUGCCAAGCUACAUGGCUUUAUCUGGAGCCCAUAUUCAGCUCUGAAGAUAUCAUGCAACAAAUGCCUGUUGAAGGAAGAAAAUUCACAACUGUGGAUAAAAGCUGGAGAGAGAUUGCUGUUAAAGCUGCUGCUGAUCCUCAUGUACUAGUGGCUACUUCUCAUCCAAAUAUGUUACAGACUUUGCAAAAAUGUAAUGUUCUUCUAGAUGAGAUACAAAAGGGCCUGAAUGAUUAUCUGGAAAAGAAAAGAUUGUAUUUUCCUAGGUUCUUCUUUUUAUCAAAUGAUGAACUUCUGGAAAUCUUGUCUGAAACUAAAGAUCCUCAUAGAGUUCAACCUCACCUUAAAAAGUGCUUUGAGGGUAUAGCGAGAUUGGAGUUUACAAAAGAUAAUGAAAUUAUUGGCAUGAUAUCUGCUGAGAAAGAAGUAGUACCUUUAUCCAAAAAAAUAGUUCCUGCUGCUGCAAAAGGCAUGGUCGAAAAAUGGUUAGCUGAAGUGGAAGUGAGUAUGGUUCUUAGCUUAAAAGAUGUGAUUGGAAAAUCACUAGCUUCUUACCCAGAACUACCUAGAACUGAAUAUGUGUUGAAAUGGCCAGGACAAGUGGUAAUUUGUGUUUGCUCUGUUUUCUGGACAGCAGAAGUUGCAGAAGCAUUGGAAAAUAAUACUAUUGUGAAAUACUGGCAGCAGUGCAAUCAACAAAUUGACGAUAUUGUUGCUCUUGUGAGAGGAAAACUUGAACCAAAUAAAAGAUUAACAUUGGGAGCAUUAAUUGUAAUUGAUGUCCAUGCUCGAGAUGAAGUUGCCAAAUUAGCUGAACAGAAAAUUACUGACGUGAAUGACUUCAACUGGAUAAGUCAACUUCGUUACUAUUGGGAAAAUAAUACUAUCAUAGUACGAAUGAUUACAACUGAUCUUGAAUAUGGAUAUGAAUAUCUUGGAAAUACACCUCGAUUAGUCAUAACACCAUUAACUGAUCGUUGUUAUAGAACUCUCAUGGGAGCACUUAAACUAAAUCUUGGUGGUGCACCUGAGGGACCUGCUGGAACAGGUAAAACUGAGACAAGCAAAGAUUUAGCAAAAGCUGUGGCUAAGCAGUGUGUAGUGUUCAACUGUUCUGAUGGGCUGGAUUUUAAAGCAAUGGGAAAGUUCUUCAAGGGAUUAGCACAGUCUGGAGCAUGGGCUUGUUUUGAUGAGUUUAAUCGCAUUGAACUUGAAGUGCUGUCUGUUGUAGCACAACAAAUUCAUAGUAUACAGCAUGCAAAAGCUCAGAAGUUAAAGCAAUUUAAUUUCGAAGGCACAGAGCUGUCACUGAAUCCAUCUUGUAAUAUGUUCAUUACCAUGAAUCCUGGCUAUGCUGGUCGACAAGAACUACCUGACAAUUUGAAGGUUUUAUUUAGGACAGUUGCUAUGAUGGUUCCAGAUUAUGCACUCAUUGGGGAAAUUUCAUUAUAUUCAAUGGGUUUUGUUGAGGCUCGCAGUUUAGCUGGGAAAAUUGUGGCAACUUACAAAUUAUGCUCAGAACAAUUAUCAUCACAACAUCAUUAUGAUUAUGGUAUGCGUGCUGUCAAAUCUGUUCUUACUGCUGCUGGAAAUCUUAAACUGAAAUAUCCUGAAGAGAUGGAAGCUAUUUUAGUCCUUAGGGCUAUUAAUGAUGUAAAUCUGGCAAAAUUUCUUGCACAGGAUGUCCCUCUAUUUGAAGGCAUUAUUUCUGAUUUAUUUCCUGGUGUUAUUCUUCCCAAACCAGAUUAUGCUGUCAUUACAAGCUUUAAAAUGAUAAAUACGAAUAAAUCUGCGCUGUUUCCUUGGUUUAGAAUAAAAUUAUACAGUUUGUUUUUUGGGCUGUACGAAAUGAUCUUAGUUCGACAUGGUUUAAUGAUAGUUGGUGAUCCUAUGGGUGGUAAAACAUGUGCAUAUCAAGUAUUAGCAGCAAGUUUAACUGAUAUUCACCAGCUUGGUCCUGAAUGUGGAAUAGAGGAAAAUAAAGUGCAUUAUCGAAUUAUAAAUCCUAAAGCAAUAACAAUGGGUCAGUUAUAUGGAUGUUUUGAUCCAGCAUCUCAUGAAUGGACUGAUGGAGUUUUGGCUAAUACAUUUAGAGACUAUGCAAGUGAUCAAUCUGAGGACAGAAAAUGGAUAAUGUUUGAUGGUCCUGUUGAUGCAGUAUGGAUAGAAAAUAUGAAUACUGUUCUGGAUGACAAUAAAAAGCUGUGUCUGAUGAGUGGAGAAAUAAUCCAAAUGAGUUCAUCCAUGAAUCUCAUUUUCGAACCUGCUGAUCUAGAACAAGCUUCCCCUGCUACAGUGUCUCGUUGUGGUAUGAUAUAUAUGGAACCGCAUCAGCUUGGAUGGAGACCUUUGAAAGAUUCUUAUUUGAAUUCUCUAAUGGAAUUGAAGCUCUCAGAAGAAUGUAUUUCUUUGAUUGAUGAUUUGUUUGAGUGGUUGGUAGAACCUUGCUUAAUUUUUAUAAAACAGCAUUGUGUGACCUUCCUUAAAACUUCAGACAUCCAUUUGGUUUAUUCUUUAAAGAGACUUUUUGAUUGCUUGUUAAAGGAUAUGUUAGCUGCUCAACCUCGAGAUUUGGAUGAAGCAGUUCGAAUUGUUGAUACUUUACGUGGUAUUCAAGCAUUCUUCAUUUUUUCACUUGUUUGGAGUAUUGGAAGUACUAUGAACAGUAGCAGUCGAAUACAAUUUGAUGGAUUCUAUCGAAAUUUACUGAUUGGUAAUUUCGAGGAAUACCCUAAGCCUAAAUCAUUCAAAUUAACUAAACAACAAAUUUUCCCUGAAAAUGGAUUGGUUUAUGAUUACCUCUUCAAUGAAAAGACUAAUUCAUGGAUUGGAUGGUUAAAUACUUUAGACAAGGAAGAACUUGAAUUACCACCAGAUGCCAGGUUGAAUGAAUUGAUUAUUCCUACAAAUGAAACAGUACGUCAAAAAUUCAUGUUGAAAAUGUACACUUCUCAUGAUAUACCUAUACUUUUUGUUGGACCUACUGGAACCGGAAAAUCAGCAUUAACUAACAAUUUCUUAAUGCACCUUCCAAAAGAAAAAUAUCUCCCCAACUGCAUUAAUUUUUCUGCUCAGACAACUGCUAGUCAGACUCAAGACAUUAUUAUGAGCAAACUUGACAG